AUGCGUCCCCUCAGAGGGCGGGGCUGGAGGCAGGAGUCGAGAGGGAACGGCUGGAUCCCCGAUUUCGGAUUCCAGCUGGGCUAUGUAAAUGCGCCGCCCGGCUCCGCUUCGGUGCUUCCAGGGGCUCCAAAGAAAACCGUGGGACGGCCACGGGCCCUGCGGUUCGUAAGCAGGUGGGAGGAAGCCCUUCGCGGGGCGAUUCCGAAGGAAAGCCCGGAGUUUUACCGGGAGCCUCUCCUAACAGAGAAGAAGGCCACUUUCUCCUUGGGCGAAGGGACCAGGCCUCCGAGGGUCACCCCACCCCCCGGGCCAAGAAAGCCUCCUUCGCCGCCGCCUCUGGCCUCGCUUCCCGGGCGGGCUGGCGGGCGGGCUGGCGGGCGGGCUGCCAUAGCGCGGGGGCGAACUGAUCUCUUCCUUUCCUCCCCGCCCCCGGUUUCCCUGGAGGUGGGCAAUCUUCACCAAGUCCUGAUCGGGCCCGAUCGCCUGGCGCUGACGGACGAAUGCAGAGAGGAAACCGGCCUCGCCGAGGACAGUCUGGCGCUCGCCCCGCAGCUGGAGCAAGCCCUCGGGCAGUUCAACCAGUCUGUGAGCAAUGAACUAAAUAUUGGCGUUGGUACAUCCUUCUGUCUCUGUACUGAUGGGCAACUUCAUAUCAGGCAGGUUUUGCACCCUGAAGCAUCUAAAAAGAAUAUCUUGUUACCUGAAUGCUUCUACUCAUUUUUUGAUCUCCGAAAAGAAUUCAAGAAAUGUUGCCCUGGGUCACCUGAAAUUGACAAAUUAGAUGCUGGUUCCAUGAUACAAUAUCUGAAUCCUGACAAGGAGAGCUCAACACAGCGUUUUGGAAUGCACCAAGUGGAAGAUAUGGGAAAUGUCGUUUUAGUGCUAAUUUCAGAACCAUACAAUCACAGGUUUUCAGAUCCAGAAAGGGUGAACUAUAAAUUUGAAAGUGGAACCUGCAGCAAGAUGGAGCUUGUGGAUGAUAACACCGUAAUCCGAGCCAGAGGCUUACCGUGGCAGUCAUCGGACCAGGACAUUGCUAGGUUCUUCAAAGGCCUAAAUAUUGCCAAAGGAGGGGCUGCGCUUUGUCUCAAUGCCCAAGGCAGAAGAAAUGGAGAAGCCCUUGUCAGGUUUGUAAGUGAAGAGCACAGAGAACUAGCAUUGCAAAGACACAAGCAUCACAUGGGGAACCGGUAUAUUGAGGUGUACAAAGCAACAGGUGAGGACUUCCUGAAAAUUGCUGGAGGGACAUCCAAUGAAGUAGCCCAGUUCCUUUCUAAAGAAAACCAAGUGAUUGUUCGGAUGCGGGGUCUCCCAUUCAAUGUAACAUCAGAAGAAGUGUUAGCAUUUUUUGGUCAGCACUGUCCUGUGACGGGUGGAAAAGAAGGAAUCCUUUUUGUGACUUACCCUGACAAUAGGCCAACGGGAGAUGCAUUUGUGUUGUUUGCCUGUGAGGAAUAUGCACAAAAUGCACUAAAAAAGCACAAGGACUUGUUGGGUAAAAGGUACAUAGAACUUUUCAGGAGUACAGCAGCUGAGGUACAGCAGGUCCUGAACAGGUAUUCCUCUGCUCCUCUCAUUCCUCUCCCAAAUCCAUCUAUUCUUCCUGUGCUACCUCAGCAGUUUGUGCCUCCCACCACUGUCAGGGACUGUAUUCGUCUGCGUGGUCUUCCAUAUGCUGCCACUAUUGAGGACAUUUUGGGAUUCCUGGGGGAGUUUUCUGCAGAUAUCAGAACUCAUGGGGUUCACAUGGUAUUAAAUCACCAGGGUCGACCCUCAGGAGAUGCAUUUAUUCAAAUGAAGUCUUCAGACCGAGCCUUCUUAGCAGCUCAGAAGUGCCAUAAAAAAACCAUGAAAGACAGAUACGUUGAAGUCUUUCAAUGUUCUGCUGAGGAGAUGAACUUUGUAUUAAUGGGGGGCACUUUAAAUCGAAAUGGCUUAUCCCCACCACCAUGUAAGUUACCAUGUAUUUCUCCACCUUCAUACACUUUUCCAACACCCACCGCAAUAAUCCCAACAGAAGCAGCGCUCUACCAGCCUUCCAUACUCCUCAACCCACGCACCCUUCAGCCAUCCACAGCGUACUAUCCAGCCGGCACUCAGCUCUUCAUGAACUACACCACCUAUUACCCUAGCAUGCAGCAGAGAAUGGAUCUGUACACCCAGAUGGGUAGGCCAGGGCACUGCCCAAAGAACGGAUUCCUCUUUAAAGGCCCAAGUAGUUAAAUUUUCUGAACAAAGGCUCCAGCUCACAUCCAGUACAACUUCACUGAACAAAAAGGAAAUCCCGCUGAGCAGGCUCUGAAUUCUACAUGGCUGCAAUCUCCUAAAACAGAAUUUCCACUAUCUUGGAUAUCUGCUGGUGUCAGGAGGUUGUGUGGAUUUUUAAAAUAACAGAACAUGCACACAUACCAUCCCGGGAAUAGCCUUCCUCCUGUCCCUCAUUCUGUACGUGCCACUGAAAGCUUUGGGGACCACAGAAAGCACUACAUGAAAGCACCGCUGCCGAAUUCACAAGGGUAUUUGUAGGUAUCUUUUCCUGUAUUCAAAAUGUUACAUUUAUCCAUGAUCACCCAAAGUAUCCUACCAAGGUUAAGGCACUGCUAACAUUUGUUGAUACAGCACAUCAUGACAAACCAACUUUUUUUUAUUUCCAUGCACAUUUUUUUAAUAAAACAAAAGGGUCUGAAGACCUUCAGAGUUAUUCCAUGGAGGUUUGUGUAUGUGUGUGUGUUGUGUGUAUACACGUGUGUAUGUGUGCUUGGGUGUGUAUCACACACCUUGAUUUGUGUAUAUUUAUUUGUUUAACAAUAUUUUCCAGGUUCUAGGCAGGUUUACUUGUCAGUGUAAAAUGCAGUAUGGGGUGGGGAGGGGAGAGAGUGCUGUAUCAUUUUGUAAUAUAUAUCAUAUAAAUAUAUAAAUAUAUAUAAACUAAUGCUCUAAAAAAUUGUAUAUUGCACAUGACUACUGUAUAUUUAAGUUCCUCUACCCAGAUAAUCUAACAGUGGGGAGGCCAUUAAUGGUGUACAAAUCCUUCAACAAUUCUACUCUUUCCAGAAGCCAAUAUAUAACUUAUAAAUACUAGUAUCAAAUUAAACUUAGGCCGUGGACAGUUAUGAGGAUUUUCUCACUUUCUCACCAUUGUCUUUCCUGUUGAGGAAGGAAUUAAAAUGUGUGGAGUAAAAUGUAGAGAUCCACUACAUUAUAGGGGGCUGGGAUAUGAAAUUCUCAUUUUAAUGUUCUACAUCAAUUCUUCUGCUGGUGUUCUUAAUGAAUUAACAAAAACAUAAAAUUAAAAAGGGCUAUGUCACUGUUGUAAAAAUCAAUUUGAAUUGUUUUUGCUGGAUUCUGUACAAACCUGCUUGUAUGAAUGUUAUGCUCUUUGACUGAUGACUCACAUUACAGUUUCGUCUUCCACAAAUAUUAAACUGUUUUAAAUCA